CUCUCCUGAAGCUCCUUACCAUAGAUAGAUAGAUAUCUACACUUCCAUCCAGCUGUUGGAGUACGGAGAUCGCCAUCGAGCCAGCUCGUCCUGGGUUUUGCGCAGGCGCUAUGGCGGCGUCCACUCUCCCGAUCCCUCGUCCUCCGCGGACCCCUACGCCUCCAUCUGAUGAUCCGCCUACGGACCCUGACCCAUCGCCAGUGGCCACCUACGAUAGGAAUUCGCUAUCGCCCAUGGUUGAUAUGUAUCGACCGGGAGGAGUCACCGAGUCAGCUUCAAUGGAUACUUUGAGUCCAGCUCGAUCCAUGCACAGCACCAUGUCUGUUGACACGCCCGCAAGGGUGCAAAGCAGCCCUGGCGAUGGCGCAUCGGGGCCCUUCAAUUUCAAGCCAAUGACGAUGGCGAAAAGCCCCGUCAUAAAAUCUAACAUCGGGCAAAGACGCGGUCACAAGUACAAACACAGCAGUAUCUCCCAUCAGAUAUUUUUGGAACCGCCGCCCAGGGCGCCUUUGGCAUUACCCAAUUCUCUGCCGAUACCCACGUUCAAGGAAUGCCGGAGUAGCAUGUCGAAAGAGCAACAGACCCGAUUCUGGUGGAGUGUAUGUCAUAUGUUCGUCGCCGGCUACACCCUCUGGAGUGCCCACGGCUCUCUUGCUAUGACUGCUCUGUCGCAUCUUAUCCUCUUUGAUUCACUUGGGGCUCUGCUGUGUGUCGCUGUUGAUAUCCUGGGCAAUUUCGAAGUCUGGAAACGUUCCAGCAUCCGGCAUCCUUUUGGGCUGGAACGCGCCGAAGUGUUGGCUGGAUUCGCGCUCUCCGUUCUGUUAUUAUUCAUGGGUUUGGACCUGGUAUCCCAUAAUCUCCAACACGUAUUGGAAGCAUCUGGUCAUGAACCGCACCAUACUCAUGAGCAUGACCGUGCCUCAGUGGGCAGCGUGGAUCUGACUGCAAUACUCGCUAUCGGUUCGACCUUGAUCUCAGCGGUCGGCCUCAAGAAUCACGCACGAAUUGGCAAAGCAAUGCGUUUUGCUUACAUUGAGUCAUUGCCCUCUGUGCUUAGUAACCCCUCUCACUUUCUGACCAUCUCCUGCUGCGCGCUCCUUUUCAUCCUUCCUUUACUGUCUGCCCAACUUUACCUCUGGCUCGAUAGAAUCAUGUCUGGUACCAUUGCUGUCUGCAUGUGCAUUCUCGGGACGCGACUCGUGAAGACAUUGGGCUCGAUGCUCCUCAUGUCGUACUCGGGCCGUGGUGUGCCAGAAGUGAUAAAGGACAUCGAAUCAGAUCCAGCCGUAUCUGCCAUCGACGAAGCCAGAUUUUGGCAGGUGCACUAUGGGCUAUGUAUGGCUAACUUGAAACUUACUGUUUCUGAUUCUGAAGAAAACCUUGCGCGACUUCGAGACCGGAUUUCCAGCCUGGUAAGGAACAGGCUAGGGGGAGGCUAUGGGUCAGGGGGUCAGAAGUGGGAGGUAUCUUUACAGUUCACGAGUGAGCGGACAUGACGGAGUUGUUUAUUAAAGCAACUUCACUGUAUUCAUUUUAUUAUCAGGGUAAUCUACCCCUGCUGGUUACAGAAA